UAGUCUAAAAAAUUCGUGAUAAUAAUGACGAUUAUACAAACAAAGCACUAAAGAUAACGCUCAGUAAUUCAUCCGCCGAUAAUCAAAAUAUAAAUAUGAGUUCAUAAAAUAAAUAGAGAUGAGUCACUGAUACGGUUCAUUGGCGCGUAUACAUAUAUUAUAGUAGUGUAUUAUAGAAAAUUCUAAAAAAUAAAAAUAUAAAAUGUUAUAUAAGCAUUUACGCAAGUAUUUCGAAAAUUGACCAGUGACGUAAAAGCAAAAAAUUCUAAUCGUCAUUUACAACUCUACAACAUGUGUCAAGGCUAGCAUUAUCGAAGGCAUACAGUAUAAAUAAUUACCCAGAGUAAGGCUACCUUAUCAAACGUAGAACGAUAUGAGAUGGUAUGAAUAUAUUUGUAACAUUUUGUGACUCAUGAUGCAUAUUUGUAUAUCUAAGAAAAAAAAGUGUCAAUAUUUUAUGAAUAUCUAUUAUCUUCCAUGCAGCGAUUUCAGUUAUAUUCUAUAUUAGUUAUAUUAAUACAUAUUUUAAUAGAAUGUUGAAUUUUUCAACCUGUUAAGAUAAUUAGAUAAAGUUAUUUUAGCUUCUCGAACAGUCUUUUAUAAGAAAGCUCUAUCUUACAUUUUUGGUUUAUAUCUUCAUACAUAACUUCUAAUUAUUAAUAAAAGGCUAUCCUGUAUAAGCGACUUAAAAAAAUUAUUAUAGAGAUUAAUCACAUUCAAGUGCGUUUUUAUACGUUUAUGAUUAAAACUAGACCGGUCGCGCUCUUAUCAGCUAAUAUCGUUUAUCUCAAACGGCAUACUCUCGGUUGAGCUAUCAUUAAACCGUAGUAACGCGGCAGGUCUUAUUGCUCACAAAUUUAAUCUUACAUUUGCGGGUGCGCUGCGGUCGAAUGCCGGAUGUGCGACUCGCUGAGUUAGUUCGAAUCACGGGGGCCGAUCAUUUUCAAGCAGUCGUCUAUGCAUCAUUAUCGAAAGUGCGCGAAUUCAUAGAGCGCUCGAAUUGUCAAUCGAGCUUGUCGGUGCAAUCAAGCUCGAAGAGCCAAGACAACGUCACGAGAAUCGGCAGAAAUCACUCGGGCGCGCGAUAAGAAGAUAAUAGCGACGUUAUCACUCUCGUGGAUCGUCAUAAUUCGUCAAAUCCCAGACUCGCUAAUCACGUUGCCAUAGUCGUUGCAGCACGUCACGAGAUAUAUAACUAACUAAUCGAAACGCGGAAAUUCAAUAACUAUUAUUUUCACAAGUUAUCGGUCGUCAUGUCUCCUCGCGAUCUCGCCUUAUGCGUUCUGCUAAUGUCGAUCGUUCGUUUCUCGACAACGUCGGUCAUCCGGCCGCAGAGAUUGUUGAUCGUGGGGCUCUGGCCGGAAUCAGCGAGGAGUCUGGAAGGUAUACCGGACAGAUGGAGAAUGGGGCAUCCGCAGUUUAAAGCGCCGCAAAUCGAGAUACAACUGUUAAAGGGUCACGUCUCGCCGGACGAGAAUUGGAUGUUCACCAAUGAGUACAAAUACUCAAACAAAGAUUACUAUGAUGCGGCAAAGGUGACAUCGACGAAAGACGAGGAGAAAAUCCCGCGAAUUGAGAAUGACGAUAUGGAAGCGAGAGAAAAUGAGGAAGAGAAUGGGCGAGAUCAGGAUAAUAUCGUGAUGCCUGAUGGGUUCAUCCCGCCGAUUGGAUCCAGAAAUAUUAUUACAUUACCUUCAUCCUGUCCGCCAGGGCAAAGAGAAGAUAGUAGAGGACGUUGUAGAACUGUCAUGACGUAAAAGAGAUAGACAAAGAGAAAGAAGACAAAAAGGAAAACAGUUAAAUAAUUGAAGCUCUCCAAUUGCCGGUAUUUACCUUAUAUAUAAAAUCGUACUGAAAAUGUACACAACUAUUUCGCCUUUAUUAAUAAAGUGCUAUAUUAAAUUAAUA